AUGGGUUUCAAGGUCAUAAUUGUCGGCGGCAGUGUCGCUGGCCUGUCACUGGCCAACAUGCUCGAGAGACUCAACAUCGACUAUACCCUCCUAGAGGCGUAUCCCGAGAUUGCACCACAGGUCGGCGCGAGCAUUGGUCUGUUGCCCAACGGUUUCCGAAUCCUCGAUCAGAUUGGAUGCUUCGAACCGAUUCGAGAGAUUGCUGGAGACUACCACCUCAAGUCGACCUUUCGUGGACAAGAUGGCAAGGCUAACACCGAGCCGAGCAACGCCGCUGUUCACCAUUUGGAACGUCGACAAAUGCUCCUUCAAGUCCUCUACGAUAACUUGAAGCAAAAAGACAAGGUUCUUCCGGAGAAGAGAGUGAACAAAAUCGAGCUUAUCAACGGUGGCGUACUUGUUCACACAAAGGACGGUUCUGUCUUUGAGGGAGACAUUGUGGUCGGAGCAGAUGGCAUUCACAGCACCGUAAGAGAGGAAAUGUGGCGUAUUGGUCAUGAAGAGAGUCCCGGAUACUUUCCCAAAGACGAAGCCUCUAGAGUACCUGUUGCCACAAGAUGCAUCUUCGGCAUUUCCAAGCGGCCUUCGAAACUGACUGCCGGCACCCAGCAGAUGUGCCAUAACAUCGGAUGGAGUUAUCUCAUAGUCGGCGCGCCUGGCAACCGAACCUACUGGUUUCUUUUUGAGGGCGUUGGAGAGACCAAAUACGGCAAAGACAUUCCUAGGUACACCAAGGAUGACUUGGAAAAGCUUGCUAUGAAGCAUUUGGACGAUAAAGUCUUUGAAGACGUAACUUUUGGGGACGUUUACAAGAACCGCAUCAUGGCUACGCUGGUCCCCUUGGAGGAGUACGUCUUCGAGAAGUGGCAUUACAAGAGAAUCGUCUGCAUCGGAGACGCCAGUCAUAAGAUCGACCCAAUCUCGGGCCAGGGAGGAAAUGGGGCAAUUGAAGCGGCUGCAAUUCUCACCAAUGCCCUUACCGACAUGCUGGAGAAGAACCCCAAGAGCCAGUCUCCCGAGGUCGUCGAACAUGCAUUGGCUCAAGUCCAAGCCAACCGUCACGCGAGAGCCAAGAAAUUGGUGUCGGAGGGUCACCAGCUUCAGCAGAUUCUGACCGGCAGGUCCCCAAUCUCUAAGCCGGUCCUCAAAUACUUGAUCCCGAUCCUGAAAGAGGAUGGGUUCGUUGGCACAGCGUUGCCCAUCUGCAAAGCAAGCCACCACGUCCUCAAGCUUCCGAUGCCGAAGCGGUCCCGUAUUGUUCCCUUUGAUGAUGAGCUUCCCGCAAGGCCUCUCAACAACAAGACCGUCUCCAGGGUUGCCACGCUAUUGGCUUUUGGCUCCAUGGCAGCGAUCCUCAGCAAGUCUGGGGGACUCACGCAUCUCUCUACGCUACUAAACAGCUUCCAAUCCCAGGCCAAAUUGCUAUCCACUGGGGCAUCCGGUAUCAGUUUGGCUCAAGGAUUCUCCGGCCUGCCCAGCGUCGUUUCUGCGAGCAACCUGAUCCAGGAUGUACAGUUCAGAGCGAACCUGUUUUCUGCCCUCGCCAUUUCGCUUGCGGAGGGCCAUCGGAUCGGCAACAGGCUGUCUAUCCUUCUUUGGCCGUCUCUUACUGGCGUUGCCUUCACAGCCUUUGGCGCCAAGGCUACAAUGCCUCUAUUCGGUCUCGGACUAGUCCUUCGAGGCUCCAACACCCUGGACGGAAGAUAUGUCCCAGUUGACUCUGCAAGAUCGAUCUUGCCUUCAGUCAUUGCCGGCUACGCAAUCCCCACGAUCCUCGCCGCCCUGCCGGUUCAGAACCAGCAGCUCCGACAGGCCGCCAACCUGGUCGCAUCAACCGCACCACUCUACUGCACCGCUCUCGUAAUUGGCAUCUCGUCUGUCAUCCAUAAAGUCCGCAACACGAUCCAGCCCCCGAAAGAUAAGGGCGAGGUCAAGUUUGACGAGCAGGAGGACUUCGUGGCCAUGUACCAGCAGAAGGAUGUGGUUCCCCUGAAGUUCACCUACGCGUUUGCCGCGGGAAUCUGUGCCACAGUCCACAUCAUCAGCACCAUCUACGCCAAGUCCGGCUCCAAUGCUACUAGCAUCGUAACAGGAGGCAACGCCUUGUUCGGCUUGGCUUCUGUUGUCCAAACCCUUUACUUAGCCUGGACCAUGCGCUCUGAGGGUUUCGUCACCACGAAGCAUGCUAUCAUGGGAGGGUUGGGCUCUGUCGCCAGUAGCCUCCUCAUUGGGCCUGGCGCAGCGCUUUCAGGCUUCUUCUAUUGGCGCGAACACGUUAUGUCGAGCUUGGCUAAAUGA